AAAAAAAAUAAUUAAUUCCUCAAGUUUCAUUUAUUAUGUAAAAAUUAUUUAUUUGCCAUAAUAAAUAAACAAUGGGAAACGCUGGAAGUGGUGGUGUACCCCGCGAUAGAACUAGAACCGGGGAAAUAGCCCCACCUUCACCUGGUAGAGAUGGCCAAGUAUUCACGUUUAAUAGAAACGUAGAUGCAAAAAUUAUAAGUCAAGGUUCGCAAGACGAUGAUGAGCCAUAUUUCACAAAACCCGCCUCGCAAGAUACCGAUCCUUCAAGACCUAGGUCUAACACAGUCUCUGAAGGAACUAAAAUUAAUAUAUCGGAUAAAACCCCAACCGUUUUUCGUUGGGAGGGUGGUGGAAAAGAUGUGCAAGUUAGUGGAACGUUUUCUGAUUGGAAAACGAUUCCUAUGGUGAAAAGUCAUGGGGAUUUCGUGACGAUUAUUGAUCUCCCGGAAGGCGAGCACCAGUACAAAUUUUAUGUGGAUGGGGAAUGGAAAAACGAUCCAUCCACGAACUUAAUUGAAAACGAAGGGACUAAAAACAAUAUGAUAGUGGUGAAAAAAUCAGAUUUUGAAGUAUUUCAAGCUUUAGCUAAAGAUGGGGAAGCUCCCCCAACUGAUUUACAAGAGGAGUAUUCACAGAUUAUUCCCCCAAAUAAUCCGUGGCAAAAAGCCGCGGGGCCCCCUAUUUUACCCCCACAUUUAUUGCAAGUUAUUUUAAAUAAAGAUACACCUUUAUCGUGCGAACCAACAUUGCUUCCAGAACCCAACCAUGUAAUGUUGAAUCAUUUGUAUGCUUUAUCAAUAAAGGAAGGGGUUAUGGUGUUGAGUGCAACACAUAGAUACCGUAAAAAAUAUGUUACUACUCUUCUAUAUAAACCAAUUUAGAUUUUGAUUUGUUAAAUAGUGUAUUGUUGUAAUUUUAGGGGCGUAUGUUACAAGAAAAAUUGCUCAUA